AUGGCAAUGAUGCUGGGCGACCUAUGGCAAAAGUCUCAGGACACAAAUGUGCCACUUCAACAACCAGACUUUGAAGAAUCCCAGCACUGGCGACGAGGCAAAAAGCGGCGCUCAAAAACGUCGUCCUCGAGGUCGCCCUCAUCUUCAGAAGCCAGCUCGGGUUUCGAAAAUGAGAGUCGGGGUCGUAACCGCCGAAAGCGAAGGUCACAUAGCAAAACUCGGCUUGAAAAUAGGGGCGAAACGACCAAUUAUGAGCAGGAUAAAGUGAGCGUACAUGUGCAAGACGAUGAUGAUAAUGUAUCGGUCUUACUUCAAGAUGGCGCCACAAAUGACAAAACAAAUUCAACCGAUGAAACCCUUACGAAUUUAGGGGAAAUACUUGAAGAUGUUGAAGCUACCGGCAAUGAUAUUAACCCUAAACUGGCUACGAUAGCGGAAAACCGAUGA